UUAAAGAUUUUGAGUUUUGUUUGUACUGAGUCACUGACAAUCAGCCAGAAGUGUUCUUCAGAUUAAGAAAGUGAUGACUUAUGAAUUGUCCUGAAUAUUCUCAUUGCUGAAGGAAACAUUGAAUAAAUACUCCCAGCCUGGAAUAGUAAGCUUAUUUUCAUGGUAGAAAUCCAUCCACACCAACUCUGUAACCUUAGUGCAUCAUGGAAUGUAUGGAUUUGCCUUGGUUCUUUUGCCUGUUGGAAAAUGCAUUUAUUUCACUCCCUGGCAAGUCCCUCAGAAAGUACAGAACGUAUUUGUUUCCAGAGAUGAACACGUCCUCUCCACUGAACUUUUCUGAACAAAAUCUGAGUGCCCCUGGCAGCAACUUUACUGUGCCUACUGUCAAGAGCAAGUCAUCACCAUGUGAACAAGUGGUCAUUGCAGCCGAGGUGUUCCUAACUCUGGGCAUUGUAAGCCUCCUUGAAAAUAUCUUAGUUAUAUGUGCAAUAGCAAAGAACAAGAACUUGCAUUUGCCCAUGUAUUUCUUUGUCUGCAGUUUAGCAGUAGCUGACAUGCUGGUCAGUGUGUCUAAUGCUUGGGAGACCAUAACAAUAUACUUAAUAAAUAAUAGGCACAUAAUCAUGGAAGAUGCCUUCAUCCGUCAUAUAGACAAUGUCUUUGAUUCAAUGAUCUGCAUCUCUGUGGUGGCUUCCAUGUGCAGUUUGCUGGCUAUAGCAGUAGACAGGUAUAUCACUAUCUUCUAUGCCUUGCGUUAUCACAGCAUCAUGACAGUGAAAAGAUCGGGGCUCAUCAUUGCAUGUAUCUGGACCUUUUGCACAGGCUGUGGCAUUAUCUUCAUUAUUUAUUAUGAAUCAACUUAUGUUAUCAUCUGUCUCAUCACUAUGUUUUUCACCAUGUUGUUCCUCAUGGUCUCACUAUACAUCCAUAUGUUCCUCCUGGCUCGUACUCAUGUGAAGAAAAUAGCAGCUUUGCCUGGAUACAACUCCGUCCAUCAAAGAACCAGCCUGAAGGGAGCCAUCACUCUGACUAUGCUACUAGGUAUCUUCAUUUUUUGCUGGGCUCCAUUCUUUCUCCAUCUCAUCCUGAUGAUCWCCUGCCCUCAAAACCUCUACUGCGUUUGCUUCAUGUCUCACUUCAACAUGUACCUCAUUCUCAUUAUGUGCAACUCAGUGAUUGAUCCCUUGAUCUACGCAUUUCGUAGCCAGGAAAUGAGGAAGACCUUCAAGGAGAUAAUUUGUUGCUGUAGCCUGAGGAUGAUCUGCGGGUUAUAGAACAAGUAUUAGGACAGCCAAGCCAAACAGAUUUAUUGGUGAAGAGAACUGAAAUGCAACAGUUUGCUGCUGAUUACAAUACUGUGGAAAAGCCUAUGGAAUAUCUUUGUUCAUUUUUCAUAUUUCUGUGGCAAUCAAAACCCAAUUUUUUAAUAAGUAAAACUGUUCUUGCACUCCAUGCCCCUUCCUCAUGCUGGUGGUAAGAGCUACUCAGUACAUCUGUAUCAAGGGGAAAAAWUUUUUUUGAAUCUCAUAUACUUAUUGAAGACUCUGCAUCUUUUAAGAGUCAUGUGCAGGGAAAGUUGUAUUUUCCCUUCUGCCUGAUGCAAAUGAGUCCCUUGGCCUCAGUAUGCAUUUAUCUUCAUAUUCUCUGUCUGUCAAGAUACAGCAGAGCGGAUACUGAUCUCCAGAGUAGUUUGUUUGCUGUUUUCUUCCUAAUACAUUAAAUCAGAGAAGUAACUCCAAUUAUCAGAGUUGCUAUACCUUGGUCAACACCGUUGUGACUAAGAACAUAUGAACAUACCAACAGUUGUGUAUUGUGGUCAUGACUUUUACUGUCAUAAAAUAAGCAUUAUGUAAGAUAAGAUAUAUUUCCUGAUAAGAAUGCAAUAUUUUUCCGUAUCUGACAAUGUCUUCUAAUUCCUUAUCACCAAAUCUGUGGAAAGAUAUACCCUAGACUGAUUUUCAGUUGGUAGUACCUGAACAUGAAGAAUGAGCUUAUUCUAGUUUGUCUAGUUUGUCUAUUUAGUCUAGUUUGUCUGUUUCUCCUAUUCAUGAGGGCUGUGGAAGUAAAACACACAAGGUUCCUAAGACCUGGAAACCACCAUGCAUUCUGUGUGAGCAAUUUGCAUCUAGUCAUAAGCAUGCUGUUCUGUAACUGCUGUGCAACAUCSAGAAUUAUUGGAUUUGUCACAGACAAGAGAAGUACCUCUGUAGUACUGGUUACCUGGUGCUGUGGAAUAGUACACAUCUUGCA